AUGCUAACACUUGAGAUACAACUAUCCAGCGGCAUGGCAACUACCCAACCCACCCCAAUGGAAGAAUAUCUUGAGACCACCCGCAUGGCUCGCGUCAGUUUUAGUGAAAAAGAUGUUCCCGAUGUUGAUGAUCCCGAGGGUAUAUCCAACGAACUCAAGCCUGACAACGAGCUCGAGUCUGACAACAAGUUCAAGUUGGACAGCGAGACCAAGCCUGAUAACGAGAACGAGCCUGGCAACAAGCCCGAGCUUAAUAAUGGAACCAAUGUUUCUGAAACAUUAUUUAAUGAUUUCUUAGCUGGCAAAGCUAUCACAGGUAGAGAUGAAGAUCAAGGUAUUUCAUCUUACCCUUACACUCUGAUCUCAAAAAGUCCAGUUGAUCCGUCAGAUCCUAAUACUUAA